AUGUAUCUUGAGACUAACCAUGUCCUGGAUGUACAGCUUGUACAGAGUAACGAAGUUAAAAACUCCAAUGCUAUGGAACUGGAAGGGUUGAAGCUUGGACUAAGGAACUUGGCGACCAACCACAUGAAGGUUACUGAUCUAACGACUGACAGACAUGUACAAGUUCGCAAGUUCAUGCGCGAAGAAAUGGAAAAUAUUUGCCACUGGUUUGAUAGUCCGUGGAAAAACAAACUGCUGACCCUGUGGAAGAAGAAAGGAUGUGAAGCAGUUGGAAAUUGGGCGCAGUCAAUCGCCAACCACCUCUACUAUUGUGCUGCCUCUAGUGAGGGAAACGGUGACUUGGUUGUUGCAAAGUGGCUUUCAAUUGGGAACCAUGUUGUGAAUCGUCAUGAUGGCCAUGGUGACUUGUUUCCCAGAUGUCUUCAUGGACCGAUAGACAGAAACAAAAAAUGGAUAAAGGCUGGUUCAAAGGCCCAUAAAGAGCUCCUCUUAAUAACGGAACGAAAGCGUUUCGUGGCAGAUAUUCGGAUGCUGUCACCCACUGAGCAGACAUCAGCCUUGGAGGCGCAGCACAAGGUGGUGUGUCAGUUUGCCCCAAAGUUCCUCAGCUUCUCCUAUGCAGCAAUGAAACAAAGACUACAUCUUGCUGCUUUGCAUUCCGUGGCAAAUGCAAACCACAAGCAGGCCGAGACCAGACAGGGGGAAAAAAGAUACAGACUCUCCUAUCCUAAGUACAAGGCUGGACACCAUGUGGUUAAAGCAGUUAAAGAGAAUUGCACUUAUGGCUAUGUUGAUGAACUAAUGGCAGAGCUGAUUAGGAUGAAAGAGGAGUACAAGAGCGAUGCCAAUGCAAGGGCUGCCUCUGGCAACAUUCUGUUUUCACCGCCACCCCUGUCUUCCUCUGCAAACAGAAUCCUGAAGUCAGAGGCUGUGCAGAACCAUCGUUCGCGAUUUAAUUAG